AUGAAAUCUACCACUUUCCUCGUAUGGGGUUUAUCCUCUUUGAUCCUCGGACAAGCUAUCAGUCUGAGUAAGAUUUCAGGUUUCAAGAAACGUUCACCCCUUGACGAAGUCGAUGGCUCAGCGACUCUUCCGCCAGGCGUGGAAUUACGGGUUGGUAUUCCCUUGUUUGCUCAAACCUCUUCAGCCUCCUCUUCGGAUCUGCUAGAAGCCAGAAACACUCCUGAAUCAGAGGCAACAACAAGUAAUGCCGCUGCUCCCACCACUUCCCCUUCUUCUUCCUCGUCAACCUCAGCAGCACCAAUUACCAAGACUAGAACUCAUGUGGCCACCGUGACCGCCUCAGCGCCAACUUCUUCUUCUGAAAGUUCAGGCGUCCCGAUUGCCACAUCGACUUCUCAAAGUCUCUCGCCGGAACAAUCAUCCUCGGUCGAAGAUUGUAAAGGUGCUUGUCCUACAGCAUCCGAGGAGGAGGCUCCUCCUGGAGAUACCUCUGAGGCUGCCGUUCCGACCUCUUCGACUGCUCAACCUAAGACGUCUGAUAAACCUGCUGAAACCACCAGUCAAGCUGCCACACCUACCACUUCUGCGGCUUCGGCCCCUGAAGGGGAGGAUGAUUGCGAGGACGAAGAGGAAGAGGAUGACUGUGAAGAAGAAGAGAAAGAAGACGACUGCGAAGAAGAAGAAGAGACCAAACCAUCUCCCACGACUGAAAAUGCGGCUGUGCCUACCGCCACGAAACCCGCUGAGGGAUCGAGUGGAGGUGAAGGUGGAUCGAGCGAAGGGUCUGGCAGCGAAAUGGAAGAUUGUGAAGAUGACGAUGAAGAGGAAGAAGAUUGUGAGGAAGAGGAGGAUGAAACAUCUUCGCCAGCACCUCAAUCGUCUACAUCUAGUCCCGGAACGACCGAACAGGCUGCUACCCCAACCUCAUCGGAAACACCUAAGCCUACUUCAACUCAACCAGCCACAACAGACAAAGCAGCCGCUCCAACUUCGUCCAGUCCCCCUGAGACUACCGAAAAGCCAAGCUCAUCCGAGUCCAAACCCACAAGCUCUUCUUCGAAAACAUGUGAUUGCGAUGAUGAAGAGACUAGCACAAGUUCGUCGUCACCUGCACCUACUCCCACUGAAUCGGCACCAGGAGAAGGUGAUGCUGCUCCUGCUGAUUUCACCGCUGACGAUGGAAAUAUUGCCGCUUUCGCUGUGCAUACAGAAGAAGCAAAAGUAUCUUCCACUAGCUCUUCUGGUUGGACUUGGCUUUAA